CUCCUGCGUCUCCUCCUUCCUUCCCGCCGCAGCUCCCUGGAGUCCCUCCAUGGGAAACGGAACUUUGGUCUCUGGGAGAAAUCCGGUUAUUUCGGGCAAACGCGUCACCGUUUGAGCUGCAGCCCAGAAAUUCGCGCUUCUUUCCAUCCUCGCUGCUGCGCUCCGGACUUGUUGCGCGCGCGGCGGCGCUGACCUCCCGCUGACGUGACGGUGCUUCGUGCGCGCUCGGUUCGGGUCACGCACGACCCGUCAGGCGGGAUUCGGAGGCUGCAUCGUUCCGCGGGAGGGACGAACCCGCGCGGGAACGCACGGAGGAUUCCUGCGUGAAUCGGACAGAAACAUUCCGCGCGCGCGCCCUCCGGUGUGGUGCGUAAACAGCAGCUGGGUGAUAACCUUGAACCCGCGCCAACAGACAACAGGUUCGUUACGCGCGCACGUCCUGCCGCGCGCUGGUUCGCAGGACGUGCAUGCGCGUUCCUGAUUGGCUGGAUGAGAUCAAUUUGGAGCAUAUGUGUGUGCACGGGUGUUGUUGCCCCCCUCCCUCCGUGAGAGCGCGCGCGCGUCCGCUCGGGGGGGCGAAGCCUGCUUAAAAUGCAGCGGAUGUGAGCGCCGGAGUCCAGACGGCAGCGCGCGGACGCCAAAGGUGAGCGCGGAGAGGAGGGGAGGGGGGCACGAGCGUGCCAGCGGUACCGGCCCACCCGCAGACGUGACGCCGCCACGAGCCAACAGAGAAGGACACGCGCUCAGCUGCUCUCCAAAGACGCGCGCAGCCGUUGGAGCGCCGAGCCCGCGCGCCCGUGUCCGGAGGGAACAUGACCGUGGUGCCCGCGGAGAACCUGGACGAGACGGUGGCGCUGGCCGCGCUGUCCGCCCAGGACGUGUUCGAGCCCGAACCGGGCCAGAACCAGGACUGCUGCGAGCGCGUGGUCAUCAACAUCUCCGGGCUGCGCUUCGAGACGCAGCUGAAGACGCUCGCGCAGUUUCCCGCCACCCUGCUGGGGGACCCGCGCAAGAGGAUGCGCUUCUUCGACCCGCUCCGGAACGAGUACUUCUUCGACCGGAACCGGCCCAGCUUUGACGCCAUCCUGUACUACUACCAGUCCGGCGGGCGGCUGCGCAGACCCGUCAACGUGCCGGUGGACAUCUUCCUGGAGGAGAUCCGGUUCUACGAGCUGGGGGAGGAGGUGAUCGAGAACUUCAAGGAGGACGAGGGCUUCAUCAAGGAGGAGGAGCGCCCGCUGCCUGCGCGCGACUUCCAGCGGCAGGUCUGGCUGCUGUUCGAGUACCCGGAGAGCUCCGGGCCCGCGCGCGGCAUCGCCAUCGUGUCCGUGCUCGUCAUCCUCAUCUCCAUCGUCAUCUUCUGCCUGGAGACGCUGCCGGAGUUCCGGGAGGACGCCAGAGACCUUAAGACCGCCAACGGAACCGCGCUCGUGGAGCGGACCAACCCAUUCACGGACCCGUUCUUCAUCGUGGAGACGCUGUGCAUCAUCUGGUUCUCCUUCGAGCUGCUUGUGCGCUUCCUGGCGUGCCCGAGCAAGCCCGCCUUCUUCAAGAACAUGAUGAACUCCAUCGACAUCGUGGCCAUCAUGCCGUACUUCAUCACGCUCGGGCUGGAGCUGGCGGAGCACCAGGGCAACGGCCAGCAGGCCAUGUCUCUGGCCAUCCUCAGGGUCAUCCGCCUCGUGCGCGUCUUCCGCAUCUUCAAGCUUUCGCGCCACUCCAAGGGGCUGCAGAUCCUGGGGAAGACGCUGCAGGCCAGCAUGCGCGAGCUGGGGCUGCUCAUCUUCUUCCUCUUCAUCGGAGUCAUCCUCUUCUCCAGCGCCGUCUACUUCGCGGAGACGGACGACCCGGACUCGGUCUUCUCCAGCAUCCCGGACGCCUUCUGGUGGGCCGUGGUCUCCAUGACGACGGUGGGCUACGGGGACAUGUGUCCGGUCACCAUCGGCGGGAAGAUCGUGGGCUCGCUGUGCGCCAUCGCGGGCGUCCUGACCAUCGCGCUGCCGGUUCCGGUCAUCGUCUCCAACUUCAACUACUUCUACCACCGCGAGACGGAGCACGAGGAGCAGUUCCAGUACACGCACGUGACCUGCGGGCAGCAGCCGCCGCCGGCCUUCGGGGAGCUGAAGAGCAGCGACAGCAGAGCGUCGCUGUCCCGCUCCGAGGACGCGGACUCCAUCAAGUACACGAACUGCAGCCCGCGCAAAGGCGCGCUCUCCGACGUCUGAGCGCCUUUACGCACGAGCUGCGCGCGGAGUUCCCGCCUUCGUGGAUGAGGUGGACCGGACUCCCGCGCGGAGGAGCAGACUCUCAAAUGUUCAGCUUAUGUAGCACUUUACGGUCUUUAACACUGCGUGCACGCGCGCGCACGGAUGCUGGUUUAAGUUUACGCGCGCUCCAGACUUGACGGGACCAAAUCCCUCUCACUUUUCAGACGUGCACGUGGCUGCGCGUGCACGCCUGUUGUUUCCUGGAUGCAGUCGAGGGGGUCAGAUGAGGAGCAGCUGCCGGAUCAGAAAUACCCCUCUGAGGGCAGAUUUUAUUUUCAUCCCCGCCGUGCAAUCCGCCUGCGAGACAGAGCGCAGGGCGAAGCGGCAGGCCGCGCCGUCCCCGGAGCAACAGCGCCGCCGCGCGGCCGCCAGCGCCCGCUGUGCGCCUCCAGCUGUUGCCAUAGCAACCUUCCAGACGAUUCUCAACUGUCUGCCGCAGAAAUGAAGGAAGCGGCGGGAACGCAGGAGGCCGCGCGCGAACCUCCAUGUUGUGGAAGCGUCCAUGUUGGAUCACGCACCUCAUCCGGAGAGGACCGAUCAGCAGAUCCAGAUCCCGCAGAUCCUGAUCCCGCAGACCCAGAUCCCGCAGAUCAGAUUCUCUGAGUCCUUCAGACGCUCCAGUUUCCCGCCUCAAAAUCAUGAGAGCAGAAAAAAUAAUAAUCUGAUCUUAUUAGUGUUAAUCUCAACUCAUUAGGAUCAUAAACGGCGUUAAGAUAUAUAAAACAAACAGUAAUAUUAAUAAAAGAAAAGAAUAACCGUAAAAACUACGGCAACACAGAAGAGACAAAACAGGAGUUUUAUUUUUAAACAUAUUUAAAGGCGUUUUUUAUAUUUAAGAUUAAUUUUGUAAAAACAACAAGUAGGUUUAAAAAGUAAAAUAAAUAAAUAAUCCACUCACACUGUGCUGUAAUGAAUGAUAAACACAACAAUGUAUUUUUAAAUAGUUUUUCUUUAUUAUUUUAAUUUCUUUGUAAGAAUUUAAAAUUCAAACAAAAAAGUUAUUCUGUUUUUAUCAUAAAAUAUUCUACUUUACAAAAAACUUUCU